AUGAAACAAAUUGUCUUGAGUUUGCAAUCUGUUUGUUCAUAUUUUCUAAAAGAUUAUUUACCUAUUGGAAAGAAAUUAAACGAAUUUUGGUUGCUUGUGAUGCAAAGAGAAUUUUACUAUACGAAACAAGUGAUCGAAAGUGAAAGGGAAAAGAUGAGAUGGAAAUCUAAACGAUGUUAUGGAUUAUUGAAAAGAAUGGUGGAAAUUAAAUUUAAUGAUGCUUGUUAUCCUAUUGGAAACAUUCAAAAGAAUAAUCAAGAUUCGUAUAGAUUCAAAGCAUGUGUUAUUGGAGAAAAUGCUGGAGAAGAAAAGUUAACUAAAAGAUACACGAACGAUGACAAUAAUCAAAAUUUUGACAUUGAAUUUAUGUAUCUCAAUGAUCGUGUUUCCAUAAUUGUCUUCCCAUCGAUUCAUGAGUCGGAUGAUGCACUUGAGGAUAGUUUAGCUCAUUUAAGUUCUAUAAUACGUCAAGUGUUGAGAAUUAGAGAUUUUGAUGAUGCUCCAUGUGUGAUUGCAUUCUCAAAAAGUGAUUCAUUAGACGAAUCUUCUUAUUCUCAAUUCGAAACAAGAACGAAAGAACAGUUUAUUAGGAGAAUAAUGGCACAACAAGACAUGCUUAAUUGUGGAAUUGUUCAUAGGAGUGCUGAAAAUGGAGAUGGAAUUGAUGAGAUUGUUAAAGAAGUUAUCAAUAGAUAUUUAACUUUGGUUUCGUCCAAAAGUAGAACAACUACUAACAAAAUUUACCAAAAUUGGCAUACAGGAACAAUUUUGCAAAAAAUUAUUUCUUCAGAAAAAGAAAUUUACUCAAUUGUAUCCAACGAAACAGGUGGAAGUUCAAGAUGUGAAUUGAUGUAA